AUGUCUGAGACAGCGCCUGCAGCUCUUGCCUAUCUUGUUCCAGCCCCGAUGGAGAAACCUCCAGCCAAGAAGAGAGGGAAGAAACCUGUUGGCCUGACAGGUGCAAACCGCCAGGCUCCGAGCCCUUCUGUGUCCAAAUUGAUUAUCGAGACGCUAUCAGUGUCCCAGGAGCGAGCAAGCAUGUCCCUGGUUGCGCUUAAGAAGGCGCUGGCAGCAGCCGGCUACGACGUAGAGAAGAAUAACAGCCGUAUCAAGUGGGGCCUCAAGAGCUUGGUGAGCAAAGGGAUCCUGGUGCAGACCAGGGGUACCGGCGCCUCUGGCUCCUUCAAGCUCAGCAAGAAGGCCGCUUUAGAGCCCACCAAAGGCAAAGUGAAAAAGUCUGCCUCUGGUAAGACCAGGAAGCUGGUUUUGUCCAGAGACCCGAAGUCUGCAAAGAAUCCCAAGACCAAGAAAGUCAAGAAGCCAAGGACAGCAGGAGCUAAGAAAGCUGCUAGAAGAAGCGUGAAGAAAGCUAAGGGCGCCAAGGUCAAGCAACAGCGGAAGAGCCCAGCGAAGGCCAGAACAGGGCAGGUUAAGGCCGGGAAGGCCAAAGUGACCCAGCAGAAAAUAAAUUCUAGGAAGGCAGUAUCAAAGAAGUGAGAAAA